GAUCAGUGUGGCCCCAGAAGUGCCACCUGUCAGUGUCCAUCAGUGCCAGCAGUCAGUGCUCAGUGCCAUGUGCCAGUGCCCAUCAGUGCCACAUUACAGUGCACAUCAAUGCCACAUAUCAGUGCCCAUCUGAGCUGCCUUUCAAUGUCACCCAUCAGUGGCAGUCAGUGCCACCUAUCAAUGCCAAUCAGUGCCACCUAUCAGUUCCACCUAUCAGUGCCAGUCAGUGGCGCCUAUCAGUGCGCAUCAGUGCCGCGUAUCAGUGCCAGUCAGUGCCACCUAACAGUGCCAGUCAGUGCCGCC